AGUUAAAGCCUCUGUGAUCUCAAAACAAAUUAAGAUAUGAUGAUCACAUUUAAACUAAGAAGCCUCACAUUCUUUGUUUUCAUUGCCUUUUCUAUUUGGUGUUCAAGCUUGUUAGAACCUUGUGAUGCUAGAAAAGGAGGCAAGCAGUACUGGAGGCAAAACAAGGGCGCCUCUGCCCCUGCCUCUGCAUUCAGGAAGGAACAAAAGGGUUAUGGCGGCAAUCACCAACGCCACCAGGCAGGCCCUAGGGUGUCUACGACACCGUCAAGGGGAGACAAUUACAUCACACCAGAGGAAACUGCAGCAAAACUGCUAAAAAACAGCGGUGGGAAUUCCAACGUCUUUAAUGUGUUGGACUAUGGUGCUAAAGGCGAUGGAAAAGCAGAUGAUACCAAGGCUUUUGAAACAGCGUGGGCAGCAGCUUGCAAAGUGCAGGCAUCAACUAUAAAUGUUCCAUCCGGGUCCGUGUUCCUCGUCAAACCAAUCUCUUUUUCUGGCCCUAAUUGUGAACCAAAUAUUGUAUUUCAGUUAGAUGGCAAAAUCAUAGCUCCAACAAGCUCAGGAGAUUGGGGUUCAGGUCUUCUACAAUGGCUCGAAUUCACGAAGCUAAAAGGGAUUUCAAUCAAAGGCAAAGGAGUAAUUGAUGGGCAAGGCUCAGUUUGGUGGAGUGACUCACCCACAUACAAUAUUCCUGCAGAUCAGACAUAUAGCAGUUCACAGGACACGGUCAUAGAAAGUGACAGUGGAAAAAUGCCAAGCACCAAACCAACAGCUCUUAGGUUCUAUGGAAGUGACGGCGUGAGUGUCACUGGUAUAACACUUCAAAACAGCCCUCAGGCUCACCUCAAGUUCGAUGCCUGCACGAAUGUUCAGGUUUCUGAUAUAAGUAUUUCCUCCCCUGGUGACAGCCCCAACACAGAUGGAAUCCACCUCCAAAACUCUCAGGAUGUUGUCAUUUUUGGCACCAGUAUUGCUUGUGGGGAUGACUGUAUAUCCAUACAAACUGGAUGCUCAAGUAUAUACGUACACAACGUGAAUUGUGGACCCGGCCAUGGCGUCAGCAUCGGAGGGCUAGGGAAGGAUAACACUAGAGCUUGUGUAUCCAACGUCACAGUCCGAGAUGUAAAAAUGCACAAUACACUCACUGGCGUCAGAAUAAAGACCUGGCAGGGAGGAUCAGGGUCAGUCCAAAACAUCAUGUUUUCAAACAUUCAAGUAUCAGAAGUUGCAACCCCAAUCAUGAUUGACCAAUUCUACUGUGACAAGAGCAAAUGCCAAAAUGAGACAUCAGCCGUGGCAAUUUCGGGUGUAAAUUAUGUAAACAUACAAGGAACCUAUACGACGAAACCUGUACAUUUUGCAUGCAGUGACAGCUUACCGUGUACUGGUGUGUCUCUGGACACCAUACAGCUGAAAUCAGUUGAUGAAGGCAAGCAAUUGUAUGGCCCUUUCUGUUGGGAGGCGUACGGAGAGCUCAAAACUAGCACAGUCCCUGAAAUUGACUGCUUGAAGAAGGGGAAGCCAUCUUCAAGCAGCACAGUAGCUCGGUCUGAAAGUAGUAAUUCUUGCUAAGCUCAGGCUUAGCUUAGCCUAGCGAGUUGAUUAGUAAAAAAUCAAAAACACGUGUACAUACCUGAAAGUUUGGACCCGUCUCUGAAGCCUUUCGUCUGUGGCGGUACCUCAAAUUGUACAUACCACCAUAGAACAACGACGUUUG